AUGACUGAAGUUGGCAGUGUCGCUAACGCAUAUGACAGUGAUCCGGAAGAUGGCGGCAUCAAACUAAUGAACGGUUGCGGAAAGUACUACGCAUUGCUGGAAGACACAGCGGUUUUCUCGUGCGGCUGCGUCGAG